CGCGCAGACUCCACUUCCCCGCCCGCCCGCCGGCCUCGCCGCCGCCUCCCUCGCUCCCUGAGCUCGCUGAGCGCGGGCCAGCGGCCGAGGGCGGAGGCCCGGGGAGACCGGAGAGGAAGGGAGGGAGGGCGGGCGGGGGCACGGCGAGCGUCUCUAUAUGGCGGCAGUUCUGUCGGGCCUGGCUCUCCGGCUCUCGCGCUCAGCCGCCGCCCGCUCUUAUGGGGUCUUCUGCAAGGGGCUGACCCGCACGCUGCUCAUCUUCUUCGAUCUGGCCUGGCGGCUGCGCAUCAACUUCCCCUACCUCUACAUCGUGGCUUCCAUGAUGCUCAACGUGCGCCUGCAGGUUCAUAUUGAGAUCCACUGAAGCCCAUCCCCUCCCUACAGAGGUGUCACCCUAGGCCCACCACCGCAGAGGACACAAAGCAUGAAGGACAGAAGAGGGACCCUCAACACCUGCAUGGCCAGAGCGAAGGGGAAGGGAGGAGAGGACUGGGACAGACUGUCACACAGCCUCAAGAGGAGCACACAGAAGGGGAGCCCUCGGCCUGCAGACUCCCCUUCCUGGCUGAACAUGCCUGCAGUUGACAGAAAUGGAAACACACAGAGCGAGGUGCUACCCUCGAAGAUGAAGGAUGGGCUGAGUGAGGCCGGCCUCCUGCUUCCCACUGGUGACAGGGCGUUUCUGUAUUUGAAGGGAUCCAUGGGAAGAAAUUCAGCCCCUGCAGCAGUUCCCAGCAAGGCUGUGGGUCUGUGUCCAGUCCCUGUAUCUGUCCCUGUGGGAGAGUGCCUUGCUGCACUGUCCCACGGCAUCAGGGAAGCUCUGCAGAGGAACUGGCCAGAAAGAGGCCCUGGAGCCGUGGACGGCCACAGAGGACAGUGCUCCAGUGGAGAGCCCUGGGUGUCAGUGUGGCCAGGCCACUCCCAACUGUGGGAAGUGGGAGUCUCCAAGGGUGAACCAGUGAGGGCUUUUCCCGAGUGGCCAGGCUCCAAGUUAGAACUGUCCUGCCUGUGUUCCUUGCUGCCUGAUUUGCUGCACGCCCAUCCUCAAAGCGUCCUGAAGGAUGAGACAAGAUGUGACCGCCUCAACCAGCUAAAGCCUGUGCUUUCAGAGCAGACGACAAAAUACAGGAACAUGCUCUCAAGAAUAAAUUGUACCUCAAAUGGUCUACAGAUAACACUGGGGCUGUUGGCUCUAUGACCUUAGCAAAUCCAGUAGGCCAUAGUUAAGGUACAAGCAGAACAAUAAAAAUAGCUUAAUUUUAAAAGUUGUUUUAGAAUAAUUUUUUUGCAUUAAGUCUGGAUACAAACAAACAGUGCAGCCAUUCACUUCCUGCUUUGUUUGUACAGCUAGACAAACUUUAUAAUGUACAAGUCUAGUAUAAACUUGCUAAAAGCUAGGUAAUGCAGCAGGAAUUUUUUGAGCAUGUUUUAAAUUGUGCUUGAAAGACAAUAAAGAAUCGGGAAGCCCUUUCAGAAGGUUAUUGAUGUAUCCAGUAUAAUAUCAGCUGAGAACACGGCUUACCACGAAGUUCUUUGUCUCCAAUCCCCCAUCUAAAGGGCUACUGUCCCAGAUGCUGUCUGUCUCUUCAGCUGUCCUGUCACCAAGUGGAAGUGGAUAUUUGUAAAGUUUACCCGCUGUACUCUUCUGAAGCCUUGCUGAAUUAAUGGUGAGCUGUUACUAUUUCUGCGUUUUGUAGAAAAAUUGUGGUCUGCAGCAAAAUUUGGUUUCUCACACUUCUUUCUACUGGAAAUGCAGUUUCAAUGGAGGCCCUGUGGUGAAAGUUGCAAUAUUAAACUUAGAAUAAUCUUCUCAAACUAGGAUUCCUAGUAGUGUUACCUAAGUAAAAAGGAGCUUGACUCAACCUAGCUCCGCUAUGGAGAACAGAUAAAGUUUUUUCCUUUACAAAAGUUCCCAGAUCCAAGGAGUUGAGGUCCCUUUUUACAGUAAGACUUUUCUGAAAUAACUUGUUUGUUGAUAACUUUAAUAAAGGCCACUUAAGAGUGUUAAGUUUUUAAGGACUCCCAAAGUGAAGCUUAAAGUAGUCAUUUUGGGAAUGAUUGCAUAUAUCAAUUUGUAUUGUGUGUUAAAUUACUAUGCCGUGUGCUAUUUUAGUGUUUUGGUAAAAUGGAGAAUAAAAUCUGUUCUUUAGCAUAAUAAAUAUGUCUUAUUUUAA